AUGCCGUCGCCAUCUCUGCCACCCGAGCUGCUGCUCCUCGUUGUCGAAGCAGUGCUGCCACCAAACCCUUACCAGCUGCUGCCCGCCUCACAUAUCUCGACCAGGACGCUGUUGGCACUGACGAGGGUGUCGCGGGCAACGCAUGCGCAGGCCACGCGGCUUCUGCGGCAGCGGUGCGCGUUUGUUGAUUCGAGUCGGCGGCUGGCAGACCUGUUGCUAUGCAUGCCGCGCCUGGUGCCGGGACUGCCUCCGGUCUUGUCGCUGCGGCAUCUCACGGCACUGUAUAUCGCGCCGUUUGGGGCAUCGCUGGAUGACUUGCCGACGGCUGUGUGGGUGCGGGAGCUGUUUUGCGAGGUGUGCGAGACGCUGCGGCGGCUGGUGGUGCAGAUGCCGUUUGGCAGCCUGGAUCCGCUCGACGACCACCUCAGCGUGCGGCGGACGCUGCGCGAUGGGUUUGAGCAGCUUCACCGGCUGGAGGAGUUUGUGUGCGUGGGCGAGUAUCCGGCGCUGAGCGUGCCGGACGGACACACGGACGUGUGGAGGCUGUGGCCGGAGCUGAAGCGGCUGGUGCUGUUUGGCGUGCCGAUGGACAGUCACUGGCUGUGGUGGGAUAUCGCGACGUUGCCGAGGCUGGAGCAUGUGGUGCUGGCGAGGCCGGUGCGGUUGGACGCGGUGAAUAUCAAGGACGAGUACUUUCACAAGUUGCCGCGGGAGGAUGUGAGGCUGAGCAGGGAUAUCAAGGUUGUGCUGAUGGAUUUGGUGUAUGAUCUCGGCGUGGUGAGGACGGAGAGGUGGAAGGAGAUUGAUCCGGAGGAGAAGAUGACAGUAGAGGUGUUUGAGGUACCGUUGCCUUUUUACGGGGACGAGACGCCGCUUGAGUUGGUGACAGAGUGGGCGAGGAGGGGGGCGUUGGAUGGGAGUGUUUGGAAGCUGGAUGCGACGAAGGUGAGGCAAGAGGAGGGUAGUGACGGAUGA